AUGGCGGAUGAGUUCCUAGCCACUCCCAAGCCGCCGCCAGAGCUCAACAUACCAACUUCAAGCAACAUCGUGAAGGUGUCCUGCAUCGACAGCACAUCACGUUUCAGGCUGCCUAUCACCAACUUCCUCCAGCCAGACUACGUAGGCCACGACAAGCUCUGUGGGCCCUCCUUCUCCUUCCUCAUAGAACAUCCAUCCUCAAAACCUGUUCUCUUCGACCUUGGCGUCCGCAAAGACUGGGAGGAACUGCCCUCCUACCCCAAGUUUGUCAAGAAUAACUGGUACAUCAACGUCCCGAAGGACGUACCAGAGAUUCUUGGCGAGAAUGGCGUCGAUGUCGAUGGAGGUGCAAUUAGCGCUAUCAUCUGGUCACAUCAUCACUGGGAUCAUGUUGGCGAUGCUUCCAGGUUCCCAUCUUCCACGGAAUUGGUUGUCGGGCCGGGCUUUAAGGACGCGUACCUACCGGGCUAUCCCAAGAAUGAGAAAUCAACACUUUUAGAAACUGAUUUCGAGGGCCGAAAUGUAAGGGAGGUUGACGUGAAGGGAGAGGGCGGCGGAUUGAGGAUUGGGCGGUUUUAUGCAUAUGACUACUUUGGCGAUGGCAGCUUUUACCUGCUUGAUACGCCGGGUCAUUCCGUUGGGCACAUGUGUGGUCUUGCGAGGACGUCAUCGAGCCCUCAUUCGUUCGUGUUCAUGGGAGGCGACGCAGCACAUCAUGGUGGUGAGUUCCGACCCACGGAGUACCUGCCACUGCCAACGGAGGUCAAGCCUUCACCAUUGAAGCGUCGUAAUGUGUGUCCUGGGCACUUGAUGGUUGACGAAGUACAUUCGCACAAGACUCCGAAUCAGCCGUUCUACUAUGUCACGGAAAGCUUUGCACACGACAAGAAAGUCGCUGACUGGACAAUUGAUGGUCUGGGCGAGUUCGACGCUCACGAUCGUGUCUUGAUGCUAAUGGCCCACGACGAUGCGGCUGUCGAUCCUGCGCAGCUGGACUUUUACCCCAAGCCACUUAAUGACUGGUAUCAGAAGGGCGUUGGGCAGAAGCUCAAGUGGAUGUUUCUGGAAGACUUUGAGGAAGCACUGGAGUCGAAUGAGAAAGGAGGGCAGGCCUUCCUGUGCACCGAACGUACAGAUCGCAUAUUUUCCGAGACAUGUGUUAGUACCAUCGGUGUACUCGCCGCAGGUACUGAAUGA